CGUACUUUCUACGUCCUCGAAUGUGAACGUUUGUUAACUUUCAGUUUCGUUCGAACUUUAGUAUUUGUUACUUCUUGCAUCAAGUUAAUUUUAUUCUUUCAAGAUGAAAUUCCUAGUUUUUAUAUGUGUCUGUGUUGCUGCAGCUAAUGCUCAAUUCAAAUGCCCUGCUAAAGACGGUCAAUACCCCGAUCCUAUUCAAUGUGAUAAAUACUACGAAUGUGAAGAUGGCAUCGCCAAAGCGAAACUUUGUCCCGAUGGAUUAGUUUUCGAUCCAGAAAUCAGAAAAAGGAAUAAAUGUGAUCAACCCUUCAAUGUCGAUUGUGGAGAUAGAGAAGAAUUACAACCUCCUCAACCCAAGGGAGUUUGUCCAAGACUUAACGGAUUCUUUGCUCACGAAGAUCCCACUGUAUGCAAUAAGUUCCACAAUUGUAUUCAAGGUGAAAGUACUGAAAUGACUUGUACGUCAGGAUUAUACUUCGAUGAAUUCACUGGUCUUUGCGUAUGGCCUGAAACUAUUGACAGGAAAGGAUGUACGAAUCAAGGAAAUAUCCUUAAAGAUGGUUUCCAAUGUCCAAAAGAAAGUCAAAAGGACGCUAACGGAAAUCUUGUAGUUCAUCCCAAAUAUCCACAUGCUACUGAUUGCCAAAGAUUCUACGUCUGUUUAAAUGGUGUCGAACCCAGAGAUUUGGGUUGUCAAGUUGGAGAAGUUUACAAUGACGUUAGUCAAAGAUGCGAUGCUCCCGAAAACGUACCCGGAUGUGAAGACUGGUAUCAAAGCGAAGAUGGACCCGCAUCGCCAAAAUCUACGAAAUCUAAAUCUAAAUAGUUAAUUUAAUUCGUUAUUUUAUAUUUUUACUUUAGUAUCAACCGUAUUGAAUAAAAUUUUAUAAUAAA